GGAAACAAAUCCAUCCAAUCAGCUCACACGCAUCGAAGAAGGAAGUGUCGCCCACAAAAUACACGAGUCGAACUUCCUUAUCUCCUCAUCAAUUAUCCUGGACCUUUUCAUUUCGAAUAAAAAUAGAAAUUGAGAAAUCUCUCGUAUAUCGAUUCAUUCAAGAUGGGAUACAUGGUAGUCGAGGAACACAGCUCGACAAAGCUACACCUGAAGAGAGACCCUGGCAUCCGUUCCUGGUCUCUUUGUAUUGGUAUGGCAGCUGUUGGGUUGGCGGCAGCCUACUACAGCUCAGAUAGCAUCUUGUGGAAGCUUUUCUAUGUCACCGGAUGUCUGUUUGUGGCCAUUCAGAACAUGGAAGAGUGGGAGGAGGCAGUUUUUGACAAAACUAAGAAUCUGAUUCACCUCAAGAACAUUAGCUUGUACACUUUAGUUCUGACGCUAUGGAAAAGGGGCCAAGAGAAAGUUGUUUUGGACUUGAAGCAUUUGCAGGAUGUCUGUGUCCAAGAAGAAAAAGUCCGAUAUUUGGGAAAAGGCUACCUGGUGAUGUUGCGUCUGGCGACAGGUUUCUCCUACCCGCUGACUCAGAGUGCCACAGUUGGGGGGCGAAGUGAUGUGGAGGCUGUCGCUGCGUUGCUCAAACGCUUUUUGGGGAUGGAGGAGCGGCAAGAGCAGAAAGAAAUGAGUGAGUGUGCAGAGGAGGAAGCUGAUUUUUUGGAUUACAGCAGCCAAUCCGAGGAUGAAGAAGAAAAACCUUGACCUCAUCUCAUUUGAAAGUAAGUUUGAGAUGAUGUCAUUGCUAAGGGAAAACAAUGGCUCAGAUAACUAUAAUGCUUCUACUGCAUGUUCAUGCUCACUUACAAACCUUAUGUACUCUGCGUGCAAAUACAAAAUUAGAGUAUUGGCUUUAUAAGAAAAUAUUCCACUAUUAUAUUGUAGCUUGGGAAUGUGAUAUUUUCUUUCAUUUUUUCAGCUUAAAACAAAUUGAAUGUGCCUUCCUACUGAACAGUUUGCUAUUUAUUCUCUAUGUCAAUCCAAAGGCCUCUCCGUGACCAAAAGUAAAUUAUGCGUGAAUUUCUUUAGUGAACCAAAGAGGUGUUUAUUCUGAAUCAGGGCUGUAUUAAAGUCCAAAGGAGCAAACAAGUUACUUAAAACAACUUGAAAUCUUUUUUUUCCUGCUGUUGGAUUUUGUUUUUUUACAUUUUUAUAUGACUGUUUAAUGGAAUGUUUUGGACACAAAAACCCAAUUGUGCUUGUACAUUGUCUUUAUUAAAAUACAAUUUACAAAAACA